AAGGAAGAAGAAGAAGAAGCCCAGCCCAGCUGCCGAAGGACCUCCCUCGGUCCCUCUUCCUCGUCUUCAUCCUCCGACGAGCUGGCGACCCAGCGGAGAGCGAAGCCAAACAGCGAGCGAGCAAGAGACGGAGGGAUCCCCGCCUGACGGAAACGAGUCAUCAAAGCACUUUGGCGCAUUUGACACACCGAGGUCAGCCAAAUCGUCAGGAUGCCGGCGGCAGGCAGCAAGCUUAAGCAGUGCCGGCUGGCUCAGGAUCAGCUGGGGAAGGCGAUCGACGGCGUGCUGAAGACGCAGCAGCUGCUGAGGGACAACGCCAGAGAGGUGCGCUGGCAGCUGCAGAGCUGCGUGAGUCGCCAGCAGGAGGCGCUGCGCUGCAGGGAGUUGUGGCUGCUGGGCCAGAUCGAGCUGCUGGAACACGUCAAGGCGGAAACUCUGCAGCAGCAGUUACAUCAACUCCAUCGGAUGCACGGGCAGCUGGACGCCCUCUCGCAGCGGCUGCAGAGUGCCGACGGCGGCGGCGGCGGCUGCAGCGACCUCAGCAACCAACUGACCAGCUGCAUGGACAAGUUGUCUUCCCUGAGCCUGCUGCCGGAGGAAACGCCCGAAAUGACUUUCACUGCCGACGCGCGCUCCCUGAGGGAAGCCAUCACCUCGUUUGGCAGCAUCACCGCCCAGGUCUCGCACGCGGGCGACUGGCCUAACCGGUCUAGACAGUUCUCGGUGGAAGUCCAGAGCGGGGCCCUGGUGGACUGGCUGCCGGAAGGGGGUCCGAGACUCGGAAUUGAAGCCGGCGAAAACAAAGCCCCCCGUCCCGGCCCGGCAUCGGCGGAUUUUCUCAAGGCCUGGGGUCAGCUGCGAGACCUGGAGGCGUGGCUGCUCCAGGACCAGAAGGCCGCCGCCGCCGGCAGGCAGCGCAGCCAAAGCGAGGCUUGGUCCGCCUCCUCGGCCUCCUCCUCCUCCAUCGAAAAGAUGGACGAGUCCGACUUGUGCGCCGGCCCGCGGGACGACGACCUGAGCAAAUGGCUCGCGGCCCCGCCCGCCGCCCGCCCCCAAGCCAACGGCGAGCGUCGGGGCUUGCUCUUGGAGCCGUUUUCCGAGCGCCGGCCUUGGGAAGACUGGCUGGCGGGCCCCGGCUGUUCCUCCUGCCGCCGCCAGAGCGCCCCGGCGCUGGAGAUCGAAAACCUGGGCCGGCUCAAGUGCCUCAAGACCCCGCCGGCUUGGACCGCGCCCCCCGCCGCGUCCGGCCUGGAGGCGUGGCUUCAACGGGCGCUGCCGCUGCCGCAGACGUGUCGCGCCAACGAACCGUGCUCCAGCUACUCCGAGUGCGUCUGCGACGAGAACUGCGGCAGAGAAGCUCUCAACGCUUGGCUGCUGCAGCACGGCGCCCGAGACAAGAACGGGGUCCCCGUUUCCCCCGGCGGCGACGUCCUGGCUGCUGCAAAGAAUUUCCCCCCUCCUCUGCAGCACAGACAGCAAGAACAGAAGGUUCAGGCCAUCCUGGAGGCGUGGCUUCACCCUUCCGACCCUCCGUCGUCACCCUGCGGCGGCCUCUCCAACUCCUUUUUCCGGAGGCCUUUAGAUGCGCAGUCGUGGAUGCUUCCGGAAAAGUGGACAGCGCCUCAGCGGGACGACAAAGGGCCGCUGCGGAAGAAGUGUCAGGAACGCGUGACCCUGCCCUCCGUCGAUGACUCGUUCUGCAGCGCAAAAGUGGGCGGUGACCCAGAGAAAUGGCUUCACCAGCCGCCUCCUGUUCAGGUUUGAGGAGGAGGAUGAUGAUGUUGGCGGCCUUCUUCGCCUUAAAUCCUGUGACGCCGUUUGAUUGCAAACAGGAAGUCAAUUGAAUGAGCUCCCAGUCAACAAGUAGUAACUCUGCCAGGCUGACUUAUCCAAACUGAAAUAUUUUUGAUGAAACAUUUAUUUUUGCAUUUGCAUUGGGCGUUUGUUCGAAUACUUUCCAUCCAGGAUCAUUUUGACACGAUGAAAUUGACUUUUACGCUGACAAAUAUUUUAUUGUAAAUUCAACACAUAAUUUUCAACUCACCCGGGAUGACUUAAUGCUUAUUUUAUUGGUGUGUGUGCACGUGCGUGCGCUUGUGUGAUUGGCCCUAAACCGAAUAAAACACGGAGAAGCG